AUGUGCCGCUAGGAGUCGUCGGUCUCUCUGCAGGUUUCCUAUCGACGUUAUGCGCCAUAUUGGCAGCCAGUCAGUCUCCUCCAUCUCGCCAAACGUCGAGCAUGCAUGUCUGUAUAACCGGUUAUUAUUGAGGAGAUAUCUGUAAAUACUUACAGCCCACCUGCAGAGCAACACUAUGGAGGCCGUCAAAGCCUUUAACAAUGAGCUGUACUCAUUGAACGAGUACAAGCCGCCCAUCUCCAAGGCCAAGAUGACCCAGAUCACCAAGUCUGGAAUCAAAGCUAUAAAACAGCUCUCCCAGCUCCCCCAAAGCACUGAAAGUGAAGCAGGAGGAUGGGGUGGAGAGAGUUACAAAGAGAUAAGAGAAUCCCUAACCAGCUUAGUUCUACAAGCAUGUUGUCCAGAGUGUGGAGAAGUUCGUUCAAAAGUGCAAACCAGAAUACAAGGUCCCUGGGCUGUACGUCAUCGACUCCAUUGUCAGACAGUCGCGGCACCAGUUUGGCACGGAGAAGGACGUUUUUGCCCCUCGCUUCAGCAAGAAUAUCAUUGCUACGUUCCAGCAGCUCUACCGCUGCCCUUCAGAUGAUAAGAGUAAGAUAGUGCGAGUCCUGAACCUGUGGCAAAAGAACGCGGUCUUCAAGAGUGACAUCAUCCAGCCUCUGCUGGACAUGGCUGCAGGGAUUCUCCCUCCCAUGGUCACACCUGUCAUGCCCAGCAGUGCUGCUCCAGUCAAUAACACUACACCUGGCACUCCAGCUACUCCGGCUACCCCAGCUAACAUCGUCCAGGGUCUGCCUGAUUGGGCUUCCCAGAUUACCAACACAGAUACUGUGGCUGCUGUAGCACAGAUCCUACAGAGUCCUCAGGGACAACAGCUGCAGCAGCUGGUACAGAGUCUACAGAUGCAGCAGCAUAAGCCCCAGCCAUCCCUGCUGCAGGCCUUGGAUGCCGGCCUGGUGGUGCAGUUACAAGCUCUGACAGCUCAGCUCACUGCCGCCGCUACUGCCAACAGCCUCAACCCCCUGGAGCAGAGGGUCUCCUCUUUUAAUAAGAAGCUUCUGGGUCCUUUUGAUUUUGGGAAUGAUUCUGAACGCGGUGAAGAAUCUAAAAAGGACUCGUCAUCAUCUCAAAUGCCCAUGGUGUCGGAGCCCAUGAACAACUCCCUCUUCCAUCAGCUGGCUGAGCAGCUACAACAGCAGAACCUGGAACAGUUUCAGAAGCAGCUUUUAGAGCACCAGCAGCACCAACAGAAGGCGAUGAGCAUAGAAGGGCAGGACUCAAUCUUUGGACAAGAGAACUCCGUUGCGACUGCUCAGAGCAGCAGCCAGCAACAGCUUCCUGAGCCAGAUAACAAGUUGGAUGACACUAUAGACAACCAACAGCAGGACAUGGAUCUGGACGAGGGCCCAGAUGGUAUGGAGGAGGAGAUCUUUGAGGCAGAGGAGAAGAAGAUUGUAAGCACGCGCUCCAGAACACGCUCAAGGUCGCGCUCUAGGUCUCCCAAGAGGAGAAGGUCCAGGUCCCGCUCCGGCUCACGGAAGCGCAAACACCGCAAGCGGUCACGCUCACGCUCCAGAGACCGCAAGAGGAAGUCAUCGCGGUCUUACUCGAGUGAAAGACGCGCGCGAGAGCGAGAGAAGGAGCGUCAGAAGAAAGGACUGCCUCUAAUACGAUCCAAGGCUCUAAGUGUGUGCAGCACGACUCUGUGGGUUGGACAGGUGGACAAAAAGGCCACUCAGCAAGACCUCACCAACUUAUUUGAAGAGUUUGGCCAGAUUGAGUCCAUCAAUAUGAUCCCUCCCAGAGGCUGCGCCUACAUCUGUAUGGUCCACAGACAGGACGCGUAUCGCGCCCGCCAAAAGCUCAGCACCGGCUCCUUUAAGAUUGGCUCCAAAAUCAUCAAGAUUGCAUGGGCUCUGAACAAGGGGGUAAAGCAGGAGUACAAGCAGUUUUGGGACGUGGACCUGGGCGUCACCUACAUACCUUGGGAGAAGGUGAAGCUGGAUGACCUGGAUGACUUUGCUGAGGGAGGAAUCAUUGACCAGGAGACUGUUAAUGAUGAGUGGGAAGCAGUCAAGAACGCUGAGCCAGUCAAGGAAGUUCCAAGUCAGCCAGUAAUCGUUGAGACUACGGCAGCACCUAACACCCAGACUGAGACCUACAGCCAGCAGGUCACCAUGAUGCCUGUGCAGCUCCCAGUGGCCCAGGCUGUUCCCAGUGCAGUAGGUUUGGUGCCUCCCACCUUCCCUGUCGCCAUGGGAAUACCCCCACCAGGCUACGGGCCGCCACCACCCUUCAUAAGGGCUGGCUUCAAUGCCUCACAGCCUCCACCAGGUUUUCUGCAGGCAGCACAGACAGCAGCCAUGGUCUCAGCAGCUAAUUCUCUAGUGCAGCCUUCAGUGGGAACCGGCCAAGAAGCUAUCAAGGAAUCACCGUUCGGUGCUAUGAUUCCUCCGACCACCAUCCCCGGCUUCAUGGCCGGUGUGUUCAACCCAGUGGCAGUCCAAACUCAGCAAGCCGUCAAUGAGAAAUCAUUGCAGUCUGCAGAUGGUAUGGAUGCUGCUGCAGAGCUCACACUGCAAGGCAUGCAGAAUGCAGUCCGCAGUGGCAUGGGUCUCCUUGGCAUGCACCCCACUUCGCUCACCCACCAGCUGCACCAGUCUGGUCUGGCUGGGCAGAGAAUGCCUGGCCUGAUGCCUCUGGAUGUGCGACCUAACCUCCUCCAACCCGGGGCUGCCGCCCGCUUCCCGCUCCUCAUGCAGCAGGGGCCCGUCCAGCAGGCUGCUGGCCUCCUAGAGAGCUCCCUCCAGGCUCAAGCCCGUGCCAGGGUUCCCUUCUCUCAGCUGGACCCCUUCAACAGAGCCCCCAACCUUAACAAUGAAAAUGUAUCCAAGACUGAAGACGAGUCUUCCUCUGGAGCUGAUGAGGGCAAAGACCAGGACUACCGCUUCCCUCCGAUGGAGAAGCAGAGCACAGGCCUGCUGAGGACCCCUCCACCAGAGCACAGGGAGCCCCUUGGAGGUGGCGGCGGAGCAGGAAGUGGUGGUGGAGGAGGCAGGCCUCCCUUGCUCCAGACCCCAGGGGGUCAGCCAGCCAGAACCAGCCUAGUGGGACGUCUGCAGGCUCUCGCAGGUUUCACUCCUGAUAACCGCUGGACCCAGACCAGAGGGGACUUUGAUGAACGAGAUAGCAUGCGAGCCAGCCUACAGGGCUCAGGCGUUCCAAAAGGCUUCCAGGAGGAGCGCCCCACACCUGGGCCGAACUUCGCCAGCCGCUUUGACAGCCGUCCUGGGAAUGCAGGAGGAGCAGCAGCAGCAGCUGGAGUUUCAGGCAAUGCUGGAGCUGUUGGGGGGCCACAGCCCUGGAACCGUAGUGGUGGCGGCGGUGGCGGCGGUGGCGGCGGCGGCGGCGGCGGUGGCGGCGGUGGCGGCGGUGGCGGCGGUGGCGGCGGUGGUGGUGGCGGUGGCGGCGCCGCCGCAGCGCCUUUUGAUAGCGAGCUACAUCAAGACCUAGAUGAACGAAGACGCCCGUGGGACAGGCAAAGAGACAGAGAUGAAAGAGAUUUUGACUUCAGGAGGGAGAUGAACGGCAACCGCCACAGCCGAGAGAGAGACCGGGACCGCGAGAGGGACAGGGAUAGGGAGAGAGACCGAGACAGGGAGCGAGGCAGAGAUCGCCCCAGAGAGCAUGAACGCGACAGAGACCGCGACAAAGAGAGAGACCGCGAAAGGGAACGUGAACGGGAACGUGAUCGCGGGGGCUGGACACCUCUUCUGCCUCUGCCUACACCUCUGCUUCCAACUCCACCUCUUAAUCCCAAUCUGACCCUGAACCAAGGCAAACUGCUGGCACCACUCAAACUGAACCCCCAGCUUCAGUCACGAUUCCAGUCCCCACUCCUGCCCCAAGCUCAGCCCAAACCCUCUCUCUUGGGUCUGAAUCAGCCGCCGCCUCAGGUUCAGAUUAAGUCUCCCCCUCCAUCACAGAGCCAAGCAGCUUUGCCCGAGCCCCAGGAUGAAACCCCAGCUCCGUCUGAGACACCUCAGGCCCAGUCACCACCCCCCGCCCAAUCGCCUGACCGGUCAUCUGACAACAAAAGUCAGAGCCCGUUGACAGAGGCUCCCACCCAGGCCGAGACAUCACCACAACUUGAGACCCCUCCACAAACCAAAUCGCCAUUCGAGUCCAUGGCUCUGUCCCCGGCUCUGUCCCCGGCUCUGUCCCCGGCUCUGUCCCCGGCUCAGUCCCCAGCCCAGUCCCCGGCUCAGUCCCCAGCCCAGUCCCCAGCCCAGUCCCCAGCCCGGUCCCCCUCCAGAACCACCGCUUCUCCAGACACUGAGCCCCCAAGCCAAGCCUCGCCGCUGGUUGAGGCCUCACCCCAGGACUCACCUGUGGCCUUCACACAAGCUGCCAGCCCCCCCGAAGAGACUCCCUCUCUGGAGGAGCAGGAAAGCCCAAGGAAGGAUGAGGAGGAGGAGUCACAAGAGCGAGCCUCCUCACCCCAGUGGGUCAACGGAGCUGGGAUGGACAAUAGCACUGUGGCUGAAUCUACACCCGAGGCCUCUCCUGAGGCCUCUCCUGAGCCCGCCGAAGAACCCUCUCCCGAUUCUGAGCUCCCCGAAAGUGAACCGGAGCAGCAGCUUGCGUCUCCUGAGGACGUAGACAAUGAACAGAGUGAGCCCAUGGAGGAAGCUGCGAGUCAGCCAGUGGUAGACACUGUCACAGACACUGAGGGGACAUAAUCAUCACUCAGUAGGUAAAAGAUCAUUUUGUAAAGUUGUCUCUUCUUCUCUGUACUCAUGUCAGCAAAUCACCACACGGGACAUGGCGAAUACUGACUCACAGCAGUUAUUGUCUUAUAACCAAUAACAAAUGAUUUUAUCUCUCACAAAUACCAGUGUACUUAAAUAGAAGGCUCGUUAGCUGAUUUAUUGAUAGACAAUUUUGUUUGUGUUUUUAUUUCCUUUUUUUUUUUAAGUUGUAACGCCGCCCCACACGUUUUAAUUAAUCUUAAGCUCGGCGAAUUUUAUUGAAUUGCCUACCAAAAUGUUUCAAUUGUAUAUGGGGGAAAAUGCGCUUUGACCUUCCUAUGGAAGAGAGUAAAACAUCCUGGCUGUUCGACAAAUGGAUUCAAUACAGUUGCACACAAUACUUGAAAAAGGCAGUCGCUGGCCCAUUUUCUGUCUCCUCUUCUUUUUAAAAUGCUGCUGCAAAGUUUUCAGUGAAUGCUUUUGUGGUGUCCUGCUUUCUGUUUCUACGCAGAAAAAAAAAGAAAAAUAGCCUGCAUACAGUGAGACAAGUACAGCUACUUAUAAUUGGAAAAAGAUGAACAUUUUUUUUAGAAAGAAAACAUGAAAAUGUUGUAUCCCCAAAAUAAAUGUCUGUAAUUUGUUUCUAAUUAUACAGUGAACACAAACAGAAAACAUUACAUGCCAGGGGGGAAGAAAAAGAUAAAGAACAGAGGGAUGUUCUCAUGUUGGGUGCAUAUUGUUUUAGUUUGAAAUAAACAUGCUUUGUCUGUUAAAAAAAAACCACAUGCUUUAGGACUGUUUUCUGACCCAGGACCAGUGGAAACUAAAACCGCUUUGCAGACUCGUACACAUUGUGUGCUGUCGCUGCAGUCGAUUUGAUGUUCUCGCAACUCAAGUUGCCGCUAUACCAUCUCAUCCACAGAGCACUUUGUUGGAUGCAACCGUGGGACUUGUAGUUUUUAGUUACUGAUGACUUCCGCCUGUAUGUUUCCCUAAGCUUUUUGCUGGGUGACUGUUGAGGAUGGGAUUGUGCCUUUUUGAAUGGAUUUGUCGUUCAUGAUGCUACCCAACACUACUGUGUGAUGUACACCAGACUGUGCGUGCGACUCGGUGUCAGACAGCUCUAUGAACACAAUGCUACCUGCGCAGAAUUGACUGGCCCGCCGUUUGAAUGGUAGCUGGGCGGUUUGUACAGCACUCACCUAGAGGAGAACAAGUCUAUAUAUACUCUCCAUCGUUCUGUGCAUGCAGGCCUGUAGCCAUGUUUUAACCUUCUUGUCUCUCUUUUGUCAUUUCAUACUUGUAGUGCUUUUCUGUUGAGACAUACUACUAGAAAUCCAUAGUCUGCUGUUCUAUCAGACCAAAUGUCUACUACAGGAGUUGUGAUGUUGAAUAAAAGUUGAAGGUGCAUCGGA